UUUCUUUCGAAAGUUCUGCGCGUGCGCGUCAAUGUCUGCUUCCGAUUGGGGAGGCGAAGGUUUUGAUAGAUCGAAUUGCAUUCACAAAGAGUGGCAUGAAAUCUUACUAGAAGUAUAUUCUUUAAAUGGCUGCCUUAUUUGCUUGCACAAAAUGUCAUCGGAGAUUUCCUUUCGAUGACUUGUCACAUGGUGAUCAACUGUGUAAAGAAUGUCGGAGCAAUUUUCCAAUAGUGAAGUGUACAUACUGCCGUGCAGAAUUUCAGUUAAACAGUAAGGGCAGCACCACAACAAUUUGUGCUAAAUGUGCCCAGAAUGUAAAGCAUUAUGGCAAGCCAACUGCUUGUGAGUACUGCAGCAUCCUGGCUGCAUUUAUUGGAAAGCGAUGUCAGCGGUGCGUUAACUCGGAAAAGAAAUGGGGACCACCACUUGUAUGUGAACAGUGCAAGCUAAAAUGUGCAUUUGACCGAAGUGAAGAAGGCAGAAGAAAGGUUGAUGGUAAAGUUCUGUGUUGGUUAUGCACACAAGCUUAUAAGCGUGUAUUGGCAAAGACUCGCAAAAGUCAGGACUUUACUGUUGGUCUCAAGCACUCAUCUUCGCUGAGAGAAGGUCAACCAGGGGAAAGUCUUGAAACCCGCAUAAACCUGCUAACUUCCCAGUCAGAAUCAUCUGACAAUAAGUCAGGUCUUGCUGCUGUGAUCAUGCAGUUAGCCUCCAGCAACACCAAGUUCAGCAGCACAUCAGGAGGUGGCAGCAAUGAAAAUCAGGCCACAACAGUUAGUGCUGGUGUUGGUGACAAAGGUGCCUCCAACGGCCACCAGCACCGAAAGCAUGGUAAGACCAAGUCACUGUCUGAGAAGACAUCCAGCCUCUUAGAUCGCACCACAAACUUGAUGGAGAAGGGGGAGGGGCCAUCUUUGAGUGCUACUGGUGGUACUGCAGGAGGCCCUGGUAGUGGAGGAAUUGAGAACAUCGAAUGGCAGGGAGAUAGGCAGCAUCGUGGCCAUCACAAGUCAAAGUCACACCACCACCACCAUCAUCACCAUCGGCAUCAUUCCAAACAUCAUCACCACCGCCAUCAUGGUGAGAACAAAGAGGAGAUUGAAGAGCAUGGUGGCAAAAGACCUAAGUUGGAAAAAUCUGUUUCCAAUGGUGUUGCUGUUUCAACUCCAAAGAGCACGGGAAGCAAUGUAUCCGACGCUGGUGUUGUUGACACUGGAACUUCAGAUAAUGUGAUUCUCAUUACUCAGCUACGGGAACAAAUUGAGAGCUUGAAGAAGCAGAUUUCUGCUAAGGAUGCUCAGCUUCUGGAGAAGGACAAAAAGAUCACGGAACUGAAAGCAGAGCAUUAUGAAGCUGAGAAAGAUGCACGGUUAAAGGUCCAGAAUCUUCAGAAACAGCAUGAAGAAACAAUAAACAAUCUACAGAUUAAAAACAGAGAACUUCAACGUCAAGUGACCAAACUAUCAAAGGGCGUAAAAAAAAGUGUUUUAGAAUCUAUGUCAGGUUCUAGUUGAGAAGCAGUAUUAGCCUAGUCGGAAAGUUUGUACCUAAGAUAGCUUUUCUUCAUUCUAGAAAGUGAUCAGCUGAGAAGGAUUUACCUCACUAGGAAAGGAAGAAGGUAUUUUAAUUAUUAAUAAGUAUUCCUUGAAGACUAGACUACUGUACAAGAGAAAUUUACUAAUUAUACAGUGAAAAUACAGUCAGACUCAGCAAGACUUAUAAAGAACCUCUUAAAUUUAAUCAGCACUAUACUCACAGGUUAGUGAUCGAGGUUGCUUAAUAUAGAGAGGUAUGUCUGUUGUACUAUUCUUUCAUGACAUUGAAAAAUCUCUAGCCCAGAAAGUUGGGUUUCGAUUUGUAUUGCUUAAUUUACUUUGAUAACUUAGUUUGGAAGAGUCAGCAGCAGAGUCCAAAUGUUUGUCUGAUAAAUCAUUUUUUUUUAAAAGUACAACAAUACAUUCAGCUUACAUUUUACAUUCUGCUUGCACUGCUAAUAUAGCAAGAAAUUACUAUGGUGUGAUGAGUGGGAAAAAUUGAGUGGUGAGGAAAUGCAAAUAAUUUUAGUGCUAAAUGUGUAUCCAUUUUCAUUGUGUCAUGCCGGUUUGUACACAGGUAUGCAUAAGAGAAUGUAGUAACCAUGUUACACAUAUCAUAUAUUUGAAAAUGGGGUGAAAGUUGCCCAAGAAGUUUUUAUCUUUUUUCUUUUUAAGCACAAUCUAAUUUAUGUAUUUUAUCAGAGUGUAGGUAGCUGUGACUGCUUUGUUAGUGCCAUAUUUUUGUUGUGGAAAAGACAGAUUAGGUCAGAUUUUUUUUCCCUUCCCCAUCCCACCCAUUUAAUUAAGAUUCAGUUCCCUGUUGUCAUGUAACCAAACAGGCAUGUGAAGACAUGCUCAGUUAUUUGAUCUUUAUUUACAUUCUUUGUAUUUAGUCAAGGUGUCUAUGUCUUACUUUCCUCAUAAGCUUUUAUUCAGAUGUUUUCUUUUAACCAAUAACAAUUUAAAAUAGACAUUUUCUUGGGCAUAGAUUAAGCUUGCAUCAUUUCAAUUGUAUACAAUUGUAGACAGUUGUAAACUUUAAAGUGAGCCAUGCCAGGGUAAAAAAAAAAUACCACCUAAUUAAGCUUUAUAAUACAUAUAAUUUGUUUUAAAAAGUCAUAAGAAUGCUGAUGAAUUAUUGUUUUUGUUCUUUAUAACUGUCUCUAAUGCUAUGACUAUCUUUUACUUUUUUUCCACUUGUUUAUUUCUGGAUCAUAUAAAGUAAUUAUCACAAACAUAAAAAAAUGUUAAGAAUGAAGUUUAUGAUUAAGUAGUUGUAUCAUUAUUGUGAAUUAAAUGCAACAGAAGUUAUUCCAGCUCAAGUUUGAACAUUGAGAUUUCUUUCCUUCACCUUUCAAUAGCUCCAAUAACUUUUUAGCUUUUGAUACAUGUCCACAUCAUUUAAAAAAUUUUAUUUAUAGUUAUUUUUACAAAACAUUAUUUGAUUAGGUAUAUUUAAAAUAAUUUUGUACUAAACAUUUAAUUUUUUAUUUGGAAAAAUUUUUAGUAGCCUCAUUUUUACGAUUUUUUAAAACUCAUGAUUGAAAGGGAAUUUACAGGAUCUGGUCUGAUAGCAGUGACAUAGCAGAAGGAAAAACAAUAAAUGUAACAUAACCACUUAAAAAAAAUUUUAAAUUAUAAUAAGCAUAAGAUUUUGGUUGAUCAAAGUUAAAAUUUAUAAUAUAAAGUAAGCUUAUUGAUCUUGCAUGUAAAAUUUAAUUUCUUCAAUACGUAGAAGAUUUCUUGUUGGAGAGUAGAGCUUUACUACCAUUUUUGAAGAUCUCUGUGUGGCCGUUUCUUUUAUUUUAUUUUUUAAAUCAUGCUAGCUCUCUUUUUACACUAUAUUUACUCAAUCUCUUUGGCAGUAGGUCAUAUUACAUUAGAAUGUGCUAAUGUUGUGCAGUAUCAUUAAAAUGGUCAUAAUGCCUCAAAUAUACAUUAACAACUUCAAAGCUGUAGAUUCUGGCCUUCAGCCAAAUGGAAUUUUGACUUUACUGUUUCGACGAUUAUGAAGUUAUCCAGUCUUCCUUUUGCAUACUUUUAUAAGAAUGGAGGCCAGAAAUCCCAGUCACAUAUACUUCCUGUUUCUUUCAGCAUGCUUUUUAUCAGCGUAGUGGACUUGGUGCACAUUACUGAUGCUGUUUCCAGCAGAAUUUAUUGAUCACUAUAGAAGGAUCAAUUUUGUUUCAUUAUUUUGUAUAUACAAGUGAUUUAUGAUUAUCAUUUGCAUAAUUGUUGGAGUGUUUGUCAACCUUUUUUGUAAUGUGUAAUCAAACUAGAAUGAAUCACUUGGUUGUCUCAAAUGUUGAUCUGAAUUGUUUUUUGUGUAUUUUGUUUUUAUGAAUCCAUUGUUUAAUCAUUAAAUUUAGUGUUGACAUUUUAUUUGCCAAAUGCCUCUUAUAUGAUUAAGUUUUUCCACUUUUUGGUUCAUUUUUGAUUGGAAAUUUUUCAGUCCCCUCCACUCACCCUUUGAGUAGAGAAAGGAUGGAUGUUAAUGCAUGUGUGAAGAAGUGUAGGGGAAAGAUGAAAGCUUUUUAAUACAUAGUCUUUUUUGUUAAAUUUUUUUUUAAAAAUCAAAACUUACUAUUUAUUAUAAUUUUUGCAUUAUAUAUAGGAGACUGUUUUAAAUGUUCUGUUUUCAUAAGGCUAAAGGCUUUAAAACCUGAUAAUUUUAGUGUUACAAAAUUAUUUUUAUAACUGCAUACUUCACAUGACUGCUCAGCAGAUUUCAGAUUUUGUAACAAUUUACUAGCUGGGGAGAAUCUGUUGCUAACGUUUGUAUUUAUCAUGUAAAUGUCUUGCUAACACCAGCUCCACUCAAAUAUUUGCCAUUUAUUCAGUCAACUACUUAACUACUGUAUUUCGUGGUAUGUAAGUUACAGUUUAAGAAAUUAUAGUAAUGAGAAAAAAAUUGCAUUGCUGCAACUUAAUCUCCAUAUACAGUGGACUCGUGAUUUGCGUGUUUUUAACUCAAAAAAUGUGAAAUAACAUAUUUUUGGACAUCAGCAGUGUAAUGGUUAAAACACAUGCUUGUCACCUCUGUUGUUAGAGGCCCAGGGUUCAGGUCUCGUUCUGGGACACAAUCUGUAUGUGACACCUGUUGAUAGGGUUGGCCAUCGGGGGUUUUCUUCAGGUACUCAGGUUUUUCUCCCCCUCAUAGUGCGAAAUAGCCACUUGGUGGAAGCAUUUUCCUGUCCAAUCAACCUACCAGCCACUUGUUAUUAUUUGACAACAAAAAGAAAUGUGACUUAAAAUAUGCUGCACUUAAACUUUGAUUGAUUUUUCUGUCAUUUUCUUCUUUUAGUUGCUGCCAUUUAGUGAGCAUUAUACUGUCACAAGGAUGAAGCUGAAAGAGGGACAAAAAUGCUCUAAAAAGAAGUAAGCCUGCAAAUAUUGUCAGUCAGUCUUUGUGCUGAAAAUUUUCAGUGUUCGCCCUGUACAAAACAUUGUUGCAUAGCCAUCCAAGUGAAAUAUGUAAGUAGAGGAUUUGUUGCACAGUAAACAGCAUAUUGAAAAAAACUGAGGAUAUGUGAUAUGAAUCAAUUUAAUGAUGCUAAAAAAAACCCCAUCAAGUAGAGUGCAUAGACCUCCAGACUGUGACUAUUAUUACUUAAAUCACAUACUUAAAGGUUUACACUUGGUCAAGUGGAAUGCAUCCCGUCUAUAAAUCACAAGUCACCUAUAUGUCAAACCAAACAUGUUUGAUGAUUGUUAGAUGACUUUUUCACAGUUAAAUGAUUAUAGUUGGAAAUACUAUUAAUGAAAAUGUUGGAUUUUAUUAGGCUAUAUUCUCCUAAUGUUAUGUGGAGGUAAAAGUUACUACUAUAUGUUAAAUUUUAGAGCACCAAUAAUAACCAAGAAAUAGUUAAAAUAGACAUACUUUACUCUUAAAUUCUUCUUCAGCAUUCAGUAAAUUGUUGGCCUUCAAAGAAUCUACCAUCCACUCUGUUGUCACUGGUUACCCAGACCCUUUUGUUUAUUCUGACCAACAAACUUCUGGUGUACUUUUUCUUGCAUUUGGCAGGUUCAAAGAAUGUGCUCUGUGUCUGUUCCUCAGUUAUCAAAUUAUGUUGUUUUCAUUUGUAAUUAGAUUCAUACAAUUUCUGGAGACAGAAAAUGGACCAAAAAGGUGGGGGGAGGGGGGAGGGGGGGCGAAGGGAGUUACUGAUACUCAUAUCAGUAUGCUGGAUUCACAGAAAUUGUUAGCAAAAGAAAACGGCAGCUGUGUGGACAAUUCCUCCAAGGCAAAAAGUAUUAUAUAUAUGUCAGGUCUAUAAACAAGACUCCAUUCAAUAAAACCAAUGCAACUUGGUGGAUGGAAGAUAUUUGGAUGUUACUUGGUUUGUAACACUUCAUUCACUUUUUAGGUAGGGGUACCCAGACCUGAUAGAUAUGGUAUCUAAGGUUUUACACAUACCCAUUUUCCCAAAGAAAUUGUUUCAGUUUUUAAAUGGAGAGCUUUUGAUGUGCAAUACUUGCCUUAUACAGGCUAUAACCACUUCGCUGGCAGAUAUUUUCAUGGCACUUCAGUGAAUGGGUUGAAUCUCUAGUGUUAUUCUACAAAAGAGUUUUAGUCAUUUUUGACAUUACCAGAAAUACAUUGCAUUUUUUUAUUAAAAUGCUUAAUCAGACAAAAAAACUUGUUAAAUCUUUGUAUUUUUUACUUUUUCCUUUUGUUUCAUUUUUUUAAUCAAUUUUUUUUUCUUAGCUUAGAAACUUUCAGCCUCACACAGACAUGAAAAAUAUUUGAACACAUGAGGACUACAUUUUAAAUAGUGCACUGUCUUUUGAAGUUUAGGUGUGGUUCAUUAAUUUUUUUGAAGAUUAAGAUUUAUACUGGGUUUGGUUUGACAGGUUAUUGUGCCAAUUAGUGAACAAAGAAUGCCAGCUGACAUGUUAAAAGUCUGUCCUAUGUGAAGUUAUUAUUGAUCACACCACUUGUAAAUAUUAAAGAAUAUCACUAGCCUCUUCAGCCAACAAAAGAAGUCAUGAAAAUUUCAGAGGAAUGUACAUAAUGCAUUCAUUCCAAGACAGCUAACUGAUGAAGACUGUAACUGCUUGCACAUAAGAGAAUGUAUUUGCACAACAAACAUAAAAUUGUGAAAGCAUGCAUAUGUAUCAGAACAUUUAACACUUAAUUGAUGGUAGUUCUGUAAUAGUUUUUUACUCAAAGCAUUUAACAAAAAUGUUUAUUUGAUUGGAAAGUAAUAUAAACACAAAAUAACCAAAGGGGUGGCAUCCAAACUAUUAAAAAAAAAA